AUGAAAAUGAUAUUCUUAAAAUUCAUCCUUAUUAUUGGUUUGUUAGUAACAAUUACACAUGCACAAUGUCCACUAACUGACGAUCCAAAACAACUUCUUAGAUGUGUUCAAUACUUCACAUCGGUGCUUUAUGGAGCUCUUGCAAAAGAUUUGAGAAUAAUAUGUCAAGUUGCCGCUGAUGUCGCAGACUGUUUAAGUACAGAAAUGGGCGCUUGUGUUGCAGCAGAAAUCGGUAAAGCAGCACUUAAUGAAGCUAAGCGACUUGCUGAAAACUGUUGUCCAAUUAUAAAUAGUACAAGCUGUCCAAUACAAACUAAUACAGCCAGCACAAGGGCUUGUUUUGCUGCCGAUUCUCUCGUUACAUUAGUUAAUGGAAAACAAAAACAAAUCGUUGAUUUACAAUCAGGUGAUACAAUUCUUGCUUAUGAUGAUAAAACAAAUAAAAUUAUUCCUACAAAUGUACUAACAAUGCUUGACUAUCAACCUAAUCAAUACGCGGUAUUCAAACAAUUGACAACGGUUUCUGGCCGACAAUUAUCAUUAACUUUAUCUCAUCUUCUUCCAACUGAUAUUCAUGGUUAUGUUAUGGCAAAAAAUAUUCAUAUAGGUAUGAAUAUCUAUAUCAUGAAUGAUGAUGGUUUAUUAAUUACUGAAACUAUUUCGAAUGUAAUCGAUGUUGUUAAACAAGGAUAUGUAGCUCCAUUAACACAAAAAGGCACAUUGAUUGUUAAUAAUGUUGCAGCUUCUUGUUAUGCAACAAUCAAUAAUCAUCACGUGGCUCAUGCUGCAUUAGCACCUAUGCGUUGGUGGUAUGGUUUAUUUGGAGAAAUAAUAGGAUCGGAUAAAAUAACUGGUAUUCAUUGGUUUCCAAAUAUUCUUUAUGAAAUGACAACAUUUUUAAUGCCUUCAAUUAUUCAGAACUAA